CUUCAGUUCAUGGGUGUGCUGUUCAUGAGAACUCUACAUCCACACGGUCCAAUAAGGAGUUUAUGGGGCAGCGAUUACGACUCUGCCAGUCCGCCUGUUGAUUUGGGUAAGCGCUUUGGAGUCAGUCGUUGUCGAUUCGAACAAUGGCGAAAGCACAUAAAAUUCGCUCCUCCGUAUGCAUACAUUACAGACAAUGCUUUUAAUUGUAUCCGACCCCUUAUACACGCUUUCAAUGCGAACAGAUUGCAAACAAUUCGUCCUGGAUCUGAAUUGAUUUUGGAUGAAAGCAUGGGUAAAUGGAUACCAGUUGCUGAGGACGUUGAUGAUGGAAUCCCAUUUCUAACAAAAAUUGCCCGAAAACCACAAGGUAUUGGCAGUGAGUACAAGAACAUUGCAGAGUGUACCUACGGAAUUAUGUUGCAGCUGGAGUUACAAGAAGGC